AUGGCAGACACGACGCGUCGACGCACGCACGCAGACACAGUCGCUGAGAUGUGCAGCCGCGAGAAGGACGUACCUGCGUCUGCUAGCGACGCGAAGGGUGUGGCAGAUCGCCGUUCGGCCGCGCUUGCGCUGUCGACGGCCCCAUCUGGCCCCCCACCUAUGACGACCACUGCUACGGCUAUGGAUUUGACGGACACUGCUCCGGAAACGUUGAAGAAUGCGCUGUCUGCUCCGCUGCCCGAUUCUGAAGAUGAGAGCACUGCUGCUCCUCGGCCACGCGGACGCAGCGGGAAACAGAAGAGGCGGGCAACAGCUGCGACGACUGCUUCUCGCAGCUCGCCGAUUGAGAAGAGGGCCAAGCAAGACUUCGCCCCUGACGCUGACGGUUUCGUCCCGGCCCGGCGAACUGCACGACGCAUGCUGUCAUCGACGGCGCCACCAACUGUCGUCGCCAACUGCUUCGAUGCGCUCGAGGACGCGCCGGACCCGCCGCCGAGCAAUCCUGCGCCGAAGACAGACUCCCAUCUUCCGCCGGUGGUUCUUCAGUUUCGGCCGCCCUAUGGAGAACUGCAGAAGCUGUUGCGCAGCUGGACAACGGCCGUGUACACCGUGAAGCCUGCGGGGCGAGACCUAUACAGGGUCACACUCCGCACUGCUGAUGACUAUCGCCGGGUCACCCAGGAGGCGUCUGAGCGUGGAAGUGCGUGCCCCCGUCCGCCCUCCGAGAAGCCUACAUGUGCACUCUGUGGCGGUGCUCAUGUGGCCAGUUAUCGUGGGUGUGAGGUAUGGAAGCGUGCCAUUGCUCGCCAGCGUGGCCAAACACCAGCGCCACAUCAGAAGAAGCUCGCAACGAGACGGCCAGGCGUCUCUUUCGCGGCGGCAACGUCAGGGACGUCCUCCGCCGCCCCGGCUACGUCGGUUCCUGCUCCCGCCGCAUCCGAGGCCGUACCGACACCGGAGGCUCCUGCGCCUCCACCACCGCAGCCAGUGGCGGUACCGGGUACUGCCUCUCCCGGGCCGUCGGCCGGACCGCGCCCCACCAACCGCCGGCGCGGGGGUCACCGCCCAGUGGGUACCCAGCGCUCAGCACCGUCCGUCGAGCAGCCCCAGGUGGACUCUCACAGCGAAGCAGCCACGCCCCCCCUUUCCUGCGCCGGGGCCGCGCCGGCUGUCUCCACCGCUGACCUGGCCAACCUCGUCGCGCAGCUCACAGCCCUGGUGACCAGUGCUACGAAGUUGAUUGACGUCCUGUCGCAGCAACUCACCGCUGCAGUGCCGAUGGCCUCUCCGGCCCCAACCGCUGCCAACACUCAACAGCCGCACCAUGGGCAGCGUUAG